CACAAGUUCUUUUUCUGAUCCUUACACCUACCCUACUCACGAGUCAGACUGUCCUCAUCAAACCUCUGCGGUCACUUUUUGCUAGUAGUCUAUUCCUUGACUCUCAGGAUCACAUCCCUCCAUUCGAUGCGAUUCGUAGAAUCUAAGAUUGUGGUCACCGGAUGAAACCAUCAAUCAGGACUGAAUGACACAGCGCUGCUUAGCCAAUCAAUCAUACUGGACAUGGGAACGGGCGUCGUGGGCGUCGUGCUGUCGACCUCUCUCUCUCCCUACUGACAUCCGAUGUGAUGUCUGAAUAUCCUCAGAUACACUCUACCCCCAAUCUCCAUACGUUCAGUGGAGCCCGCAAUGUUAGGAUAGGGCAGGGAGAGUUUAAUAAUGUCGGUCGUGAUUUGGUAAAAAAUUUCAAUACCUCGGUUUCCAAUCCACACAGAACCUUGUGGGACGCUGUUGCAGGCAUCGGUGCCUCCCAUAAUUCGAGCCUACAAUUUGACCGAGGUCGUUGUCAACCUGGAACUCGUGAACAAGUGCUCCGACUCAUUAGAGAGUGGAGAAGUUCGAAAUCCCACAACCCACCUGUAUGUUGGCUCUCCGGCGCUGCAGGUGUGGGGAAAUCGGCUAUCGCAUUGACCGUCGCCCAGGAAUGUGAGGAAGAUGGACUUGUAGCCUCCUUCUUCUUUUUCAGAUCAGAUCCAAGGCGUAACAAUCCGACCUCCCUCAUUCUAUCCCUUGCGCAUGGCAUCGUUACCACAAGACCACGCCUGGGUCGUCUGGUCAACCAGAGGAUUACCGCCGAUCCCAGGAUUCUGGAAGCCACACUAGAAGACCAAUAUAAGGAGCUCGUUUUAAAUCCGCGUUUAAUGAAACGGACAUGGUUGACGCGUAUGCGAGACGUGUGGAGGAGAGUCUUCCUAUCUUCGACUAGAACGGAGCCCUUGGAGCGGGGCAUAGACCUAGUUAUUAUCGACGGUCUGGACGAAUGCAACGAUAGCGAUACCCAACGACGCGUACUUUCCAUUAUAUUCUCCACCUACCGACAUUCACUGGACUCCCCUUUACAUUUCCUGAUAUGCAGUCGUCCCGAAUCCUGGAUCCGAGAGACAUUUGAAUCUCGUGAAUUCCGUAGCCUUGCCAAACAUAUCAAACUGGAUGAUUCGUUCCAGCCCAGCUACGAUAUCGAACUUUACCUUGAUCAUCAAUUUCGGGAGAUUUGCAAUGACGCCAAAUAUUCACAAGUCGAGUUUCCUGACCCCUGGCCAGCCCCCGAUGUUGUCAGGUUGUUAAUCAAGAAAGCCGAUGGUCAAUUCAUCUAUGCAUCAACUAUGGCACAGUUCAUUAAGACUGGGGAGUUCCAUCCAAUCGAACAACUUGAUAUUAUUCUCGGCAACAUAUCCUAUGAUUCCUUCGGUUCCGAUUCCCCUUUCCAUGAUCUCGACGAGCUCUACCGCAUAGUGUUGUCUGCUGUCCGCGACCGUGCCAGGCUUCUUCUCAUCCUUGCAGCAAUUCUCUUGAUUCCCCUAGAUGCUCCAGCCUCCCCAGCGUUCAUCGAGUGGCUACUGGGAUUCGCCACCGGACAGGUUACUUUGACGCUACGCGCAAUGCACUCAGUCCUUGACGUUCGUGGCCGGAAUGAUGUGAUUCGCCCCUAUCAUUCAUCCUUCACCGAAUUUCUCUGUGAUCGAGCACGGUCAAAAGAGUUUUUUAUCGACAAAACUAGCCAACAUCAUUUCCUAGCAUGCCGGUGGCUUGGGGUGCUCCUUGAGCAGUCCCGAUGCAACCCCGAACUAUCAAUAAAUCCGGCAGAGGAGAGCAUCCCUGAGCGAGAUGGAUGGCAUGACUUUUGCUUAAGGAAGACGCUUCCAGGCGGUCGAAUCAAUCCCUUUGUCAUGGUGGAGGUGGACAAUUUCUACCGCACGCUCCUGUCCCCUUCCCCGCUACUGGUCAGCAAUGUUCUUCUAAAUAUCCUCGCUGCAGUUAUACUGCCCCUGCCCAAUCAUCCUCCUCGCUCUCCCCUGUUCAUUGAACAGUUACUCGGACUACAUGCGGGAGAGCUGGAUCUGGAAUUACGGCCACUACACGCAGUUCUGAAUGUUCGCCACGAGGGACAAGAUAUUCUGGUACGAUAUUCCACGUUCAGUGAUUUCCUCUGCGACCAGUCUCGGUCGGGUCCGUUGUUUAUUGACAAACAAUUUCAACGCGAUUUUCUCGCACAACGAUGCGUUCACCUUCUUCGGGUAUGCGAAUUGUCAUUAGGAUGGCCAAGUGUGUACUUGUGGGACAAUUGGGCUGACAUUUGUUCCUCCGUCGGCAAAUAUCCUACUGAGGAAUUGUUGGCCGGACUUGACGGUUUGGAUUUAGGUACUUUGAUUGCCAAGACAGAGCGCGAGAUUGCCUUCAAAUUACCAUCUCUGUUCCGUGGCUUCAAGGCUAUCUCGUCCUGGUUAAAAUCUCAACCUGAUGGUAUAGUUCCUACAAAUCUCGUUCGUCGCUUUGAGAAUGUCCAAAGAGGGUUUGACCUUCGACUCGGAACUAGCACUGGCCCAAUUGAGCAAAGUCCAUUACUUGACGAUGUCGUGACCUGUAUGAUCCUUCAACUGGUCGAAUGGGACUGGAGAUCCUGCGACUCGAUGACGAAACGUCUCCUGUUCAGGACAUUAAUUGAUGACGGGACUCCCAGCUUUGACUGGGGUUCAGCGGCGUUCUGCAGGUGCUCAACGUCUACAACCAACCCCUCAGAAGUGGCAGGCAAGUCUGAGCUCAUAUUCCCAAUCUCAGACAAAACAGAUUGGUACCACAUCCACAUCCAGGCUGUUUGUGUCAAGAUUGUGAAAACUCUCGAAGCCGAUCUGAAGUUAACACACGAUCGCGAAGGUCUGACUGCGAUGAUUCGCGGCGUCCUGCAUUCGAGUCUAUUGCCACGAUGUGGUCCCAACCCUGCGGUUCUUCCGCUUUUCCAAAAGGUUUUAGAAAUUGGUAGAAAACAAGGUUUCCAUUUGACGCCCAAUUAUCGACUGAGACUACGGAAGUGGCUUGAGACAUUCCCUUCCGAGUGUAGCUAUGAUAUCAAACCUCUCCACCAGCUACUCCAAAAGGCGGGCCAGCGCUGACCAGUACAGUCCCCCCUGAGGCUCCCACGAUUUGGACAUGAUAUAUGGUCCUUCUGGUAAUCACCAGCUAGUUCGGUGCUUUUUCAGCUGCUGAAGGGUUCAGUAUCUUGGAGAUUUCCUUAAGGUUCAUCGGAAUCCAUACGGGUACAAGAACUUUUGGAGUAUGUUUUGGCCUAGAUCGUUAGAAUACCCUCGCUAUAUUGCUCCUUUCGCUGUCCCUUUCAGCCUCACUGCAGAAACAUAUGGGCGUUCACGAGUU